GAACGCAGGAAAGAACCUGUCUCCCCAAAACAUAGGUGUAAUCAAGAGACGCGGGUUGCAUCUUCCUCGCAUCAUGUCCUCGCUCCUUUUCCUGGCACUGCUGGCGGUUCUCUGGUUCUCACAAGGCUCUGGACAAGUGGGAGUCAGGAAUCUGACCGACCCCAAAUGUCCACUGCGGAAGAAGAAUUUUACAAUGCUGACAGGGCAGACGUGCCAGAAGAACUGUGAGCGCCGCAGAUGCUCUAAAAGCAGGAAGUGUGAAUGUGACGGGGAAUGUGGAAUGAGCUGCAUUUCUACAGGCUUGAGGUGUGCAUGGCCGGUGACAAUUGACAAUGCUGAGACACAGCUGGUCCAGGAAUCCACUAUGUUUGGGGACUUAAUGGAGGUGACAUGCAAACCUGGAUUUCUAAUGGCUGGUGGGCAGGAAGUGGCAGUAAGUCGCUGCCAAGGAGACGCGAAGUGGAGCUUCACUUUACCCUGUGAAGAUGCUCUUAACCCACCAUCCCACUGCAAAUCUCCACCAGAGAUCGAAAAUGGAUCCCAUGAAGGGGGCCCUUACAACACAGGAAGGGAAGUGCACUACUGGUGUGACUAUGGAUAUCGCCUAGAGGGACCCAGCUCUCUUUUAUGCCAAGAGAAUGAGGAAUGGUCACAUGCAGCCCCAACCUGCCACCCUGUGACCUGUUCCCGACCCCCCAAUAUUGCUGAAGCAACCCUGGUUGCUGUGCACCAGUCUGAAUACCCCGUGGGAACUGUCAUCUAUUACUUGUGUAACAAGGACUUCCUCUUAGAUGGCUCUAACAGAGUGGUUUGCCUGGAGAAUGGAAACUGGUCCCAACUACCCUACUGCAGAGCCCGCUGUCCCAUCACUGCCAAGAGGAGCCGGAUGAUCUACCAAGGGCGUAAGCUCUGGGUCUAUGAGAUCCCUGAUGGUCUGGUUCAUCAUGGAGAAAUUGUCACGUUUUUCUGCCGUAGUGAGAACAAGACCUGCAGUUUUAUGGCCGACAGCCAGUGUUUCGAUGGUGUGUUGAAGAUGCCCGACUGCUACGAUGAGCCUACCUAUCUGCAAUACCACCUGUUCCCCAAAAGAGUUGUAUCUGAAAUACCUGCUUGUUGAGCACACCUUCAACCCAUACAUUCCCCAGUGAGAUGCUUCCUUCUCUUCUUGUUCUGGCUCAGCAGGCCUCUUGGAAGUGGGAAAAGACAGAUGGAAAAGAGGCAAUCAACACAAGCAAAUAGGAAACCAGCCACAUUUGAAACAGAGAUCGGGCCUGGGAAUUUAAGUAUCCUGAUGGCCAACAGCUAGCUAUUUUAUUGUACUCUAUUUAUUUUCUAUCUUUGUUGCUCCCCAGAUGAGCAAGAGAUCCCUUUCAGGUCAUAAAAACAUGCAAGUCAAUUUCCUAUGUACCCCUUGUUUUUCUCCAUUCAUCAAGCUGUAUGGCUGGAUUGACAAAUCAGUGCCAACAUGAUACCACUGGUGGGCUUUUUAAACAUGAAGGCAGUUUCAUGCAGUAGUUUUUAUAUAGUGUGUCAAGCAUUCAGUACACUUCAUAUAAAUUAAUUGCAGUGAUCCUACCAAUAGCCCUGUAGGUGAAUUAUCCAUUAUAUACGAGGGAAGGGCUGAGUCUGAGUAAACAGUGAAUGGCUAAGGUUACCCAGAGAGUAUAUGUGGCUCAAGGAAGUUAAUUUGUACCAAGGACCUCUGAUCUUAUACAGUGGUACCUCGAGUUACAUACACUUCAGGUUACAGACUCCGCUAACCCAGAAAUAGUACCUCGGGUUAAGAACUUUGCUUCAGGAUGAGAACAGAAAUCGUGCUCUGGUGGCGCAGCAGCAGCAACAGCAGGCCCCAUUAACUAAAGUGGUGCUUCAGGUUAAGAACAGUUUCAGGUUAAGAACAGACCUCCAGAACGAAUUAAGUACUUAACCCGAGGUACCACUGUAUUGCAGUUCAUAUCUUACGAAUUAUGCUACACCAGCUUUCUGUAUGCUUAGAAAAUAUUCCUCCACCACAAAAGGGAUUGUAUUCAAGUAAAUUAAAAAGGGGGAAGGAAAACAGUUUAAAGUUGCAAUCUUAUGCAUUCUUACUUGGAGUAAACAUAAAUUAACUUGAUGAGGGAGGCUUGCAAUGCAGUCCUACACAUCUCAUCAGAAGUAUGUCCCAUUGAGCUGAACGGAGCUUACUCCCAGGGAAGCUGAUGUAGAACUGCAGCCUUCUUUCUUACAACUCAUCCACAGAAUUGAGCUGUGCAACAGGCAAAAAACCCUGAACAUAGCCUCAGAUUGGUGGUGCUACAGGAAGCAAGCUGGAGCCAAUCGUAACAAUGGGCAGGUGCAACAUUCGUCCCAGGCCCCGAGGCCUUGUGACAUGGGGCUGUGUAUGAAGAGAAUGGAAACAUAAGGCAACUGAAAAACAAGCCUGGAAUGGGGUUUACAGCUGAUGCUACUGAAUACUCGUGUAAAUUGAUUUGUACAUAAUAAACUGCACUUGUUAUACAA